UCGGCUGGUUCCGCCUCUCUCCUCCCGACCAUUCGGCUGUUCUCGUCACGGAGCGUUCAAGUGGAGGAGGAGAGAGAAGACGAGGAGAAGAAGAAGAGGAAGAGAAAGAGGAGAGCGGAAGAAUAAAAAAAAGUCAACCAUAGUUAAACAUUUACUUCGCCCGUCAGCGGAAAGCGAGAGCGGCGCGACUCCGGCAGCCCAGACGUCGUCAGCAGCGUCCAUGUAGAGCCCGCUCUGCCCGGUCUGUGGUGUCAACACACGGCUGGAGUUGUGGCAUUGCGCCGGGAGCGACGGAGCAGAGCAGAGGGAGAGAAAGAGAAAGAAAGAAGGGGCUCUCCUCCCUGUCUGUGGACGGAGAGAGUGUUGGCUUUGGUGGAAGGAGACAAGGCGACACCUGAGUGCACGUUUCCCGGCCAGUGUUUUAUUACCCAGGAUGUCUUCAAAGCCUCAAAGUGCCAAUACCAUCGCCCAUACCCGGCGGAUGGUGCAGCAGCUGAGAAUAGAGGCAAGCAUUGACAGGAUAAAGGUUUCCAAGGCCUCUGCAGACCUCAUGAACUACUGCAGCGACCAUGCGAGGAACGACCCUCUCCUCAUGGGCAUCCCCGCCUCAGACAAUCCCUUCAAGGACAAAAAAACCUGCACUAUAUUGUAGUGGAUGCCACUUACCCUUUCAUGGGUUUAUUUUGUGCUUAUUAAUGUUGCUGGAUGUCUUUGUGUUGGCAGGAGUGAGGGAUUUUCUCUAAAGUCGUAAACAUUGAGGUGAUCUGUGGCUGCACUGUUAGCCAUGUAUUGGUAUUAUUCACUGAAACGAUUGACCACAGCACAGCCCGACCUCUGGCCACUGAUGAGACUUUGGCUGCAUGGGUUCUGAUGGCAUCAGUUACAUUAUUAUCGACAGCAGACGUAGUUUUCUGAAUAUGUGAAGAGCUCAGAGAUUCCUCAGUGGUGGAUUUUGUCCCUAAUCCAUCACACACACAGUCUCAUCACCACUAGGAAGUUGCUGUCGUUGCCUUUCUGAUUCCAUUCAGUCAACGCUCCCCCAACAGUAUUUUACAGAUUUGAAUUGAAGGUUUACAUUGAGCUUCUACUCAAUUGUGACCAUUAUGUAUCUUUGAUUGGGUAAAAUCCAACAAGUACAUCAAAUUAUUCUGCCACCCAUCGUACUCUGACUUGUCCACAUCUCAUUUAUUUCACCAGCUUCCUGUCUGUUAUUUGUAGUACUAUCACCAUGAUACAGUGUUGUCUUCAGCUUAUUCAUUCAAGCAUCAGGUCCCAUAUGAAGAUCUUUAAUCCCUAUGUUCCUUGACUGUGUGUUAGUGCCAUGAUGAAGAAUCUUAAUUUUACGAUAAUAAAAUCGUAAUUUUGAAGAAAGAACCACCCAGACUAUCUUUAUUCUCAUAAAUUUAAGUAUUUUUCUCAAAAAAAGAAUUCCAGUUUCUUUUCAAUUAUGGCUCUAUUCUCGAAAUCUCUGAAGAUUCAGAUUCAAGCCAUUAGGAACAAAUGACCCGAGUGCUGUGAUGCUGUUGCUAAACUCAACAUACAGAGUGAAUGAAGCUUUCUUGAAAAUGCUUCAUCAUAUUAAUGUAGUGCUUACAUUUAAUUUCAUGUCUGUCAUCGGCUGUCGUUGUGUAAAGAAGAUCUUGGGUCAAAGCCAAACCAAUGAUUGUGCAUUUGAUAACAUUUGAUUGUGCGUCUGAUAAGUGUCUGUGGUACGAUAUUUUUUAGAAAGCUGAAGUGUUAAACUGUGAGCUGCGAGUAAUUCCUCAUCAAAACCAAGUGACUUAUCGAAUGUGCAUGUCGUUGUGUUUUUGGUGCAAGUAGUGUCGGCUGUGGCUGUUUCUAUAAAUGAUUAAACCACUAGCUCAAAUUUGUCUUUUUCUUUUUGAAAACCGUCACAUUUGUGUCGGUGCGGGUCUUAAAUCUUCUGCCUAACAUGUGGAAUAUUCUGGAUACUCUGAAUUCCAAUAUCCUUACACUCUAAAGCCUUACUUAUAUAUGCCUUGUGUCACGAAGGACAAUCUUAAUGGGAAUAUUUUCUUUAAAAUUAAAAAAUAUGUUUUUAAAAUGGGCGGUGAAAGUGAUGUGACAAUGUUGUGCCAUCAUUCUCUGUCUACCUGUCGCUUUUAAGCAGGUUUAGUAUUGUUGCCUUCUCCACCCUCAGGUCUCCCCAUCUGUAAAAUCUAAUGUUGUAACCCAACUGUGUUUUUUUUUAUGUCAUCUCUAACAGUCGGUUCUUUUUAUUGCAAUAAAUCAAGCUUGUACUAAAAAAAAGAAAAAGUCAUAUCACCCCUUCCGUGCCCGUAAUGGCCUUAUCAGACUUCUGACCUGUUUUAAAUCUGCAUCUUCAUAAAUGUCUUUAUUAAUACACCGACCUUUGUAUGAAGACUCAUCUAAGAUUGUUAAAGUGAAGCUGUCCUAAAGUACAGAACUGUACUAAUCUCUCAAUAAAGAUGUGUUGUGCUUUCAGAAGAU